GGGGCGCGGGCGAGGCGGGGCCGUGCGGGUCCCCUCCCCCUCCCCGCCUGGUCCCCUCCCCCUCGGGUCCCCUCCGGAGCGCGGGGCGCCGCCGGCUCUUCGCUCCGCUCCUGGAGCUACCGUGGCUGCAGGGUUCGGCUCGCCGAGGACAAGGUCAGGGGAGCGGGCGGCGAUGCCCAAGUGUGACUGGAGGCAGCCGACCGGAGGCCGCCGCGCCUGGGAUCCGCCGCUCCGGACCGGACAGCGGGACGGGGGUCGGCGCCGUUGAGGAGCCGAGGAACGGCAGCGGCGGCGGCGAGGUCCUCUGCGGCCGGGAUCCCGCUCAGCGGCAUCCCCGUGCGCUCCCGCGAGCGCAGCCCCGCCUGGCCGGGACGCCGGGGAAGAUGGAGCCGGGGGUCCGGGCCCGCUCGGGUGCCCCGCAGCCGGCCUCCCCGGUGCUGUGGAGGGCUCGGCCGGCGGGCGGUGGGGGCGCCUCCUCCUGGCUGCUGCUGGACGGGAACAGCUGGCUGCUGUGCUAUGGCUUCCUCUACCUGGCGCUCUAUGCUCAGGUGUCCCAGUCCAAGCCCUGCGAGAGGACUGGCUCCUGCUUCUCCGGCCGCUGUGUCAACUCCACCUGCCUGUGCGACCCGGGCUGGGUGGGGGACCAGUGCCAGCACUGCCAGGGCAGGUUCAAGUUGACAGAACCUUCUGGAUAUUUAACAGAUGGUCCAAUUAACUAUAAAUAUAAAACAAAGUGUACAUGGCUAAUUGAAGGCUAUCCAAAUGCAGUGCUAAGGUUAAGAUUCAAUCACUUUGCUACGGAAUGCAGCUGGGAUCAUAUGUAUGUUUAUGAUGGAGACUCGAUAUACGCACCUUUAGUAGCUGUACUUAGUGGCUUGAUCGUUCCUGAAGUGAGGGGUAACGAGACGGUGCCUGAGGUUGUCACGACGUCUGGCUACGCGCUGCUCCACUUUUUCAGUGAUGCUGCAUAUAACCUAACUGGCUUCAACAUUUUUUAUUCAAUCAAUUCCUGUCCUAACAAUUGCUCUGGCCAUGGAAAGUGUACAACCAGUGUCUCUGUUGCAAGCCAAGUGUAUUGUGAAUGCGACAAAUACUGGAAAGGGGAAGCAUGUGACAUUCCUUACUGUAAAGCCAAUUGUGGGAGUCCAGAUCAUGGUUACUGUGACCUAACAGGAGAAAAGCUCUGUGUCUGCAACGAUAGUUGGCAAGGCCCAGAUUGUUCUCUGAAUGUCCCGUCUACUGAGUCUUACUGGAUUUUACCAAAUGUUAAACCCUUCAGCCCUUCCGUGGGUCGGGCUUCACAUAAAGCAGUUUUACAUGGGAAAUUCAUGUGGGUGAUUGGAGGAUAUACUUUUAACUACAGUUCUUUUCAAAUGGUUCUGAAUUACAAUUUAGAAAGCAGUAUAUGGAAUGUAGGUGCUGUAUCAAGGGGUCCUCUUCAGAGAUACGGACAUUCUCUUGCCCUAUAUCAGGAAAACAUCUUUAUGUACGGAGGCAGAAUGGAGACCAGUGAUGGCAACGUCACCGAUGAAUUAUGGGUGUUUAACGUACGCAGUCAGUCAUGGAGCACGAAAACCCCCACUGUCCUUGGACACAGUCAGCAGUACGCUGUGGAGGGACACUCGGCACACAUCAUGGAGCUGGACAGUAGAGAUGUGGUCAUGAUUGUCAUAUUUGGAUAUUCUGCAAUAUAUGGCUAUACAAGCAGCAUACAAGAAUACCAUAUCUCCUCAAACACUUGGCUAGUUCCAGAAACGAAAGGAGCCAUUGUGCAAGGCGGAUAUGGCCACACAAGUGUGUAUGAUGAAGUGACCAAGUCCAUCUAUGUCCAUGGAGGCUACAAAGCAUUGCCUGGCAAUAAGUACGGGCUGGUGGACGACCUCUAUAAGUAUGAAGUGAACACCAGGACUUGGACUAUUUUGAAAGAAAGUGGGUUUGCCAGAUACCUUCAUUCAGCUGUUCUUAUCAAUGGAGCUAUGCUUAUUUUUGGAGGAAAUACCCAUAAUGAUACUUCCUUGAGUAACGGUGCAAAAUGUUUUUCUGCCGAUUUCCUGGCAUAUGACAUAGCUUGUGACGAAUGGAAAACAUUGCCUAAACCAAAUCUCCAUAGAGAUGUCAACCGAUUUGGGCAUUCUGCAGUGGUCAUCAAUGGGUCAAUGUAUAUAUUUGGUGGAUUUUCUAGUGUACUCCUUAAUGAUAUCCUUGUGUAUAAACCUCCAAAUUGCAAAGCUUUCCGAGAUGAAGAACUGUGUAGAAACGCUGGCCCAGGGAUAAAAUGUGUUUGGAAUAAGAAUCACUGUGAAUCUUGGGAGUCCGGAAGUACAAAUAAUAUUCUCAGGGCCAAGUGCCCUCCCAAAACAGCUGCUACCGAUGACAGAUGUUACAGAUAUGCUGACUGUGCCAGCUGCACAGCCAACACCAACGGGUGCCAGUGGUGUGAUGACAAGAAAUGCAUCUCAGCCAGCAGCAACUGCAGCACGUCUGUCAGAAACUACACUAAAUGCCAUAUAAGAAAUGAGCAGAUUUGCAACAAACUUACAAGCUGUAAAAGCUGUUCACUAAACUUGAAUUGCCAGUGGGACCAGCGGCAGCAGGAAUGUCAGGCUUUGCCAGCUCACCUUUGUGGAGAAGGCUGGAAUCAUGUUGGGGAUGCUUGUCUUCGAAUAAAUUCCAGUCGAGAAAGCUAUGAUAAUGCCAAACUUUAUUGCUAUAAUCUCAGCGGAAAUCUCGCCUCCCUGACCACGUCCAAGGAGGUGGAGUUUGUGUUGGAUGAAAUACAGAAGUUCACACAGCAGAAAGUGUCACCGUGGGUAGGCUUACGCAAGAUCAACAUAUCCUACUGGGGAUGGGAGGAUAUGUCUCCUUUCACAAACACAAGCCUGCAGUGGCUUCCUGGUGAGCCAAAUGACUCUGGAUUCUGUGCCUACUUAGAAAGGGCUGCAGUGGCAGGGUUAAAAGCAAACCCUUGCACAUCCAUGGCAGAUGGACUUGUUUGUGAAAAGCCUGUCGUAAGCCCAAAUCAGAACGCAAGGCCAUGCAAGAAGCCGUGCUCCCUGAGGACCUCCUGUGCCAACUGCACGAGCAGCGGCAUGGAGUGCAUGUGGUGCAGCAGCACGAAGCGCUGCGUGGACUCCAACGCUUACAUCAUCUCCUUUCCGUAUGGACAGUGCCUGGAGUGGCAGACUGCCACCUGCUCGCCUCAAAAUUGUUCUGGGUUAAGAACCUGUGGACAGUGCUUGGAGCAGCCUGGGUGUGGCUGGUGCAAUGAUCCUAGUAACACUGGAAGAGGAUAUUGCAUUGAAGGGUCUUCACGGGGCCCAAUGAAACUUGCUGGGGUACACAACAGUGAGGUGGUUCUUGACACCAGUCUCUGCCCCAAGGAGAAGAACUACGAGUGGUCUUUUAUCCAGUGUCCAGCUUGCCAGUGUAAUGGACACAGCACGUGCAUCCACAACAACGUCUGUGAGCAGUGUAAGAAUCUCACCACUGGACGACAGUGUCAGGAGUGCAUGCCAGGGUACUACGGAGACCCAACCAAUGGUGGGCAGUGCACAGCUUGCACAUGUGGCGGCCAUGCGAAUGUCUGUCACCUGCACACAGGAAAGUGUUUCUGCACAACCAAGGGGAUAAAAGGUGACCAGUGCCAGCUAUGUGACUCUGAAAAUCGCUAUGUUGGUAAUCCACUUAGGGGGACAUGCUAUUACAGUCUUCUGAUUGACUACCAGUUUACCUUCAGCUUGUUGCAGGAAGAUGACCGCCACCACACUGCCAUCAACUUCAUCGCCAACCCAGAGCAGUCAAACAAAAACUUGGACAUUUCGAUUAAUGCUUCCAACAACUUUAAUCUCAACAUUACGUGGUCGGUUGGCUCAACAGGUGGAACAAUAUCUGGGGAAGAGACUCCUAUAGUUUCUAAGACAAAUAUAAAGGAAUACAGAGACAGCUUUUCCUAUGAAAAAUUUAACUUCAGAAGCAAUCCUAAUAUCACGUUUUAUGUGUAUGUCAGCAACUUCUCCUGGCCUAUUAAAAUACAGAUUGCGUUUUCACAACACAACACGAUUAUGGACCUUGUGCAGUUCUUUGUCACCUUCUUCAGUUGUUUUUUAUCUUUACUGCUGGUGGCUGCCGUGGUCUGGAAGAUCAAACAAACUUGCUGGGCUUCUCGUCGGAGGGAGCAACUGCUUCGAGAACGACAGCAGAUGGCCAGCCGUCCCUUUGCUUCUGUUGAUGUAGCCCUGGAAGUAGGAGCUGAACAGACAGACUUUCUGCGAGGGCCAUUAGAGGGUGCCCCUAAGCCAAUAGCCAUCGAACCCUGUGCUGGGAACAGAGCUGCUGUCCUGACUGUGUUUCUCUGUCUACCGAGAGGAUCUUCAGGUGCCCCACCCCCUGGGCAGUCAGGCCUUGCUAUCGCCAGUGCCCUGAUAGACAUUUCACAGCAGAAGCCUUCUGAUAGUAAAGACAAGACUUCCGGAGUCCGCAAUCGGAAGCAUCUCUCCACACGUCAAGGAACUUGUGUCUGAGAAUGGAAACCAGCUCUGUACUGUGUGUCGGUUUACUUCACAAAUGGCUUCCGUUAAAGCUGCUCUGUGGCCUUGGGUCUCACAGAGAAUAAUGUCCUAUGAUCCAGGGCCAGGUACAGUUCCCUCUAAGUGGGCAAUGUCCCAAGAGGCCAGAGACUGCCAGUCAGGGUUUUUUAAAGUAACAGUAUUGAGGGUCACAGUGAUAAAGUCAGUUUUUAUGGCUCUCUUAGGCUGAGAGCUAACAUAACCUGGUAUGAAAAAAAGAUGUAUAUUGUUUCUUAAUGCAGAUGGAAAUAUGUAAUUCAUAUAAAUCAACUGUUUAUAUCCCAAGACUUUAAAGAAAGACAUUUUAUAAUGCUUGAAUGAUGAGAAAUGUACAGUUUUCUGCCUCGUUAGCAAACUUAGAACAUUGGCAUCAGAGUAGAAAAAGAACAAGUCCUGGCAGCUGUGAUUGCCGUUUUGUCUCCUUAUAAAAAUGAAAGCAAGGCUGUAGGUCACGUGUUUAAAUUCUCCACGUGACCACGUGGUCUCCAGAGUCAAUUUGAGAAUGUAACAAUGUUAAACUAAUAGGAGUGUAGAGCACUGUGUCAGGAAGUUUGUCAGAAUUCUGAGCAAGGCAGAGAGACACUCGGGAAGCGACAGGCAUGGAGGAGGCUGCCUGGCGAUUAGUGUCCCCUCCUUCCAGAAGCAGGUCCAGCUUGAUAGCCUGAAGAGCCAAACCCACCAUUCAGUAGCAGAGCUUCUGGUCCACGCCAUGAUGCUUUGGUGCCCUGGGUCAGCGUGCCAGGCUGGAGCGGUUCCUAUGAGUCUGCACAAGAGUGUGUCACUUUCUUCCAGCUUCCGUCUAUUUGCCACUUCUUAUUCACAAGUGUUACAAAAUGUAUUUUAAAAGGUAACACUUUCCAAGUUCCCUGCUACCAACUUCUUCCUGUAGAAUGCAAGCAGACAAGAGCUGGGUCCAGCAAGCCUCAGCAAGAUCCCCAUCUGCAACACAGUCAUGUGGUGCUGUGAGGAGACUGAAUUCUAAAGACAAAUUCAUUGCUGGGCAUGUCCAAAACAUCCCUAUUGACACAAAGCCUUGGAUAAGAGCAGAGAGGAAAGCCAAACGUGGUAGCUCUCUCAUGGAACUGUGAGAGCUGACAUCAACAGCAGCUCACUGAUGCUCACGCAAUCUGGAGCGGCCCUGGCUGACUUCAAGGUGACUACUGGAGACACAAGAACAAUGUACAAGAGUCCUGAAGCUGCUGCAUUCUCUGUAGUUUUGUUUAACACGAAAGUCAUUCCACCUAAUCAAUGUUAAGUACAGUAUACAUACUUUUCAUGUUCUUUGGAAUUCAGGAAGGUAAUGACACUUUACAGUUAAUGCCUAGUUACUGCAUGCCAUGGUUGUACAGUCACAGAAUAUGACCCUAUUGCAAUAUUGAAUAUUUAUUUCAAAUGCCAUGUAUACAUAGCUUAAUUUGAUGAGGAUAGAAUGUAAUAUGUAAGAGAAAUGACCACAGACUAUGUAGUUGCAUCUUAUAAAGCAUAGUUAGGUUGCAUCUAACCAUGACUGUCUUAUUUUGAUAACUAGCCUUUUGGAUAUAGCUUAUAUUCCUUAUGUUGGCAUGAUAGUUCUACUCUAUUUUCCAUGCACUCAAAAUCCGAUGAAUUUGUAGAGUAGUUUUAGUAAUUUUCUCUACAGCCUGUGGGGUUUGGGUUGGGGAGGGGGUGAUGGUUGUUGGUACUUCCCAGGACAUAUUCUCUCAGAAAACUAAUUGAGCCGAAUUUGUGAAUGUCUCCUAAAAACAAUCAAGUAAUUUGAUUAGCUUCUUUUGGACACUUUACAUGUUGAUUUCCCCCAUGAAAUUGGCAGCAUUGGUCCUGUAAAGAAAUAGUCAUUGAAAAAUGAAGGAGUUGCACAGUUUGUUUAAUUGCCAACGAGGAAGGUAGACCAGACCUGUGGAGGGGCUGUCAGGCCUCAUCCACUGUGAAUCCCCCAGGUUCUUAAAACUUUAAAAAUUUUUGAAUUUUAGAUAAUUAUGGAAUUAAUGCAAUGUCACACACUACCGUUAACUCUGUGGCCAAUUAUGCAAUAUAUUCUCAGCUUAUAAAGCUUUUUACUGGAAAUAAAAUUCUUCACCCCUGGGUGAAGUGAACCAAAAA